AUGCAGUUGAGCUUAACCCAAAUUACUCGUCGAUGCGUUCUAGGGAAAUACAUAACAAGAAGUAUCUUCAUGGAACGAAAUACUGUUAAAUCAGUUUCUACUAAUUCUUCUGUUGAUAGCAUCCACAUAGGCUUGAUGGAUCUGAGCCAGAAAGUGGUCAUCCGUCUGCAUUAGAUGGAUCAAUGCAGCAGCAAACUGUAGUUUAUUCAAUGGCGGAGUGGUGUUACCAGAACCAACUGUGAAAAUCGAAUCGUCUAUUGGAGCGCGACUGCUUACGAUCGAUUCAACCUCAUUGGCGUCUGCCUCCCCAUCGCUUCCAUGAAUUGAGCGAUUUGAUAGUGCAGCUAAUGAAGCAGCCGAACCUGACGUCAGCAUUUCCUGAAAUUGGCAGUGCUUUGGUUUUGCUGAACGAAUCAAGUCCUUUUCAAGAUCUUCUGAUGUCAGUACAGUUGAGCCCACCUUUGAAAUCAGCUUUGGCUGCUCCUGAAUCAUAAGCUUCUGAAGUAGUACAGGCAUAUCUGAUACUGGACCUGAUGCUGUUCCUACCUCGUCCUCUUUCGGCUUCGGCUUUUCUUUUUCUGGUUUCUCCUGUGUGGAGGAUGGAGGACGUGCAUUUGAAGAGACAUCCCGAUGAUUACCCUGAAAUCUUUAGAUCAUUACUCGAAGCUAGGUUAUCAUGAAAGUACCGCUAACAAGAGUGGUGAAGAAGCAAACAGAAAUCAAAAGUUCAUGGAUUACCUGGUGGGUUGAUGAAGCUGGUUGCGUAGUUUUCAGAAGUUCUAGCAGUUGAUUCGACUCAUUAGGAGGUGCUACAGAUUCUGGGAGAUUUGAAGAACUCAUUUCAUCUGAGGUGGGCGGUGCAGGUAUCCUCCCGGCCCUAAUGUCUUCUUGAAGUUUCUUGAGUAGGUUAUACAUCCGUGUGCAGUCUUCAGUGGAAAAGAACCACAAGCCAUAAAUCUGAUUGUCAGGCUUACAGAAGAACAGAUAGUGGCCUUCGUUGUUCAUUUUCGUAAGAGGGUUCACAGGCUCCACCAUGUCAUCCAACGAUUGGCGAUUAGCAAUGAUCAUGCUGUAAUAAGGUUUAUCAGCUCUCUGUAUAAUAAACAACGCUCCUUCGAUAUUUGUUUUCGUCCAUGCCUUCGCAACCACAUCGAAAUUGUAUUUGGCAGCAUGUGUAGUCUGAACAAAUCAUUAUUUGUGGGGCCAUUAUCCAUCCACUGCAUGGAGACCAUAUAA